AUGCAACUACCACCAUUGUCUGACAAGGCAUGUGACACGCAUGCCAUAUUACGAAAUCUGGGAAAUGUGCGUGAGAGAGAUGACAUGAGACUACCAGGAGAGCAUAAGGAGAGCUAUCGACGGGGAGAAUUCUGGAAACUUGCAGCGCGCGAGAAAGAAUGGACGCCGACGAAAUUCCCGCCAACAAUUAAAGGGGACGUCAAAGCAUAUCGAUUGUCCGCGCGCCCCCCGCCCUCA